CACCCCGAGCAGCCAUCCACUUGGCCCCUUCGCCCUCCUCUCGAUACUGUGUGUUCAUCUCUUCAGGCCCAGGUGGGGGCAGAAAGAGACAGAGCUGGAAAAAGUUGGUCAUAUUGUGUGUACUGGAUUGUUGGGAGUCUUGUCUUUCUUAUCUGGUUGCUUUCCUUCCGUUUUGGUUUUUGAGGCUCUUAUUUUCCCCAGUGCCUGCCAGUUAGAAGAAUUUCAACAAGACAAAGAUUCUUGAAGAAAAAGGAGCUAUGGCAGUGCAACAAGGAGCAAAUUUGCAAUCUUGAGGUAGUUCUUGGUGGUGAAACCUGAAAGAUAUAGAUCUCGGGCAGCCAGAGAUGAGAUUGAGGGGAAGCCAGUGGUCAAGCCUGUGCUCCAGUGAGGCUGGGUCUCUUGUUCCCAAUUGAUCGAUGCGCCGCCGCCUCGGUUUGUCGGAUCAGCGGAGCUCCAUGGUUCUGUGUGGUGCUUCAGAUUGAGAAGAAGGUUGUCCAGGGAAAGGAAUCUCUUGUGGAUUCCUUUUUCUGGGAGCAAGGAAGUAGGAGGUGGCUGCUUUGGCAUACAAAUAGGAGCAGCAGUUAAGAUCUUCAAUUCUGGCAUGGGUUCUUUUGGGAUGGACUGGAACCAGAAGGACUCGGUGUUUUGGGAUUGGGAGAAUUUGCCACCGAUAGGUGCAAAUGCAAAUGAGAACCCCAAGAUUGCGCCACAGGCUGCUGAACUGAAGUUUGCAGGUGUUGAUGCCACAAGGCAUGAAUCAGUGCAUUCUUCCUGUGGUACUUUCUCUUCCAGCUCGGUGAUGGGGUAUGGUUCAUCCAAGAGUUCCAUAUCUUCGUCGAUUGAUUCUUCACCCAGGGUAGGGAACAACAUGGAGCUCAAUUUUGCACCUUUCAAGGUGCCUAACAAGAACACUGAUUUGGGUAAAGUUGAUGACGCUGGAACUUCUCCAUCAUCGGUGAUAGCCAUCAGUGGAGAGCCGGUGAUUGGCCUGAAACUUGGCAAGAGAACCUAUUUUGAAGAUGUAUGUGGAGGGCAGAGUGUCAAAAGUUCACAAUCGGAUACAAGUGCAAUGACUCCUACCGCUGCUUCGGCAAAGAAGACAAAGGUGGCUAAAAACGCCCAGAACACAUACUGUCAAGUUGAAGGUUGCAAGGUUGAUCUCUCUUGUGCUAAAGAUUACCAUCGAAAGCACAGAGUCUGUGAAGCUCAUUCUAAGACUCCCAAGGUUGUCGUUGCUGGUCUGCAGCGACGCUUUUGUCAACAGUGUAGCCGGUUCCAUGCUUUAGCUGAGUUUGACCAGAAAAAACGAAGUUGCCGCAGGCGCCUCCAUGAUCACAAUUCCCGCAGACGGAAGCCACAGCCUGAAGCAAUUUCUUUCGGUCCAUCAAGGCUCUCCGCAAUGUUUUGUGGUAAUGCAAGGCAACAGACAAGUCUUCUGUUUGGUCAAUCUCCGUAUGGUCAAAUGAGAAGCCGUGCAAGUUCUUCAUGGGAUAACCCAGGGGGGGGCUUCAGAUUUGCAGAAACAAAAGCUUCUUGGUUAAAGCCAACGAGAGCUGCUGGUGUUGAUGGGUUGCAUCUAUCAAGUCAGCAGGUGUGGAACAACAUUACGCCACACGGUGCACAUCAUGAUUUUGAUGGGUUCAUGGCUUUCAAGGGAACCAGUCCAAAUGCCCUUAAUCAAGGUGUCGAAGAUUCUGCAGUCGUCUCCAACUCGAACGGAGCCCCGGACCUUCAGCGUGCUCUCUCUCUUCUGUCAAACAGUUCAGCUGGUGCUGCCAACGAUCAGCCGAGCCCUCAGCUGCACCCUGGGCUGACCACCGUUACCAGCAGCUCCAACUCUGUGAUGCAAGCCUCAGCACCAGGACUCUGGCAAGACGGCACGCCCCUCGAUCAUCAGGUGCGGUUUCAGGCUUUUGAUCCCCUGGGCAGCGGCAGCGCCAUUACCACACCACAUCAGCUCCAGCUCCCAAAACCUUCCGCCUAUGACAGCUCCUCUUCCCACUAUGACCAGAUGCACUGAUUUCUGCUGUCUGAUACUCUGAAUUUUGAACUGCUAUGUUCUGAAAAUAAAAGCCCGCGUGCGCAAACUCAGGCUCGAAUUGAUCUAGUAGUGUUCCCAUUCAGUUGCUUGAAUAAUCCAUCCUUGUGAUGACAUGUAACUCAAAUGCUUCGAUUGCAUCGGCAAGUGAUCAUGCACUCUUAUGUUUUUGAUGUCA